UAGGACGGAUCUGCCAGCACAUAAAAAUAAACCACCCUCCAUGUGGCUUAAAAUAUUAAAACUAAAGUAAUCUCAGCUAAGAAACUUCUAGAUCUUGGCCUGGGAUAAUUUUUGGACACCACUGUGUUUCUCUCUGAGCUGACAGAAGUGCUGCAGACGUCCAGAACGACAGUCCAUGGAGGCUGAGGUUGAGCUCUCUGCUCAGGGAGACCAUGGCUCACUUCUGCUAAGGCAGCUGGAGAGGAUGAGAGCAGCCAUGGAGCUCACUGAUGUGGUUCUGCUGGCAGAAGGGAUUUCCUUCCCUUGCCACAAGGUGGUGCUGUCUGCAUUCAGCCCUUACUUCCAGGCAAUGUUUACAUGUGGUCUAAGGGAGACCCGAGGUGGAGAGGUGGCCCUCAGAGACACUCCUGCUCAGAGCCUGGAAUUGCUCCUGAACUACAUGUACCGUGCUGAACUCCCCCUUUCCAACACCAACAUCCAGGGAGUGACUGCUGCUGCCUUCCUGCUCCAUGUAGAUGGAGCCUUUAGAUUGUGCCAGAACCACAUGGAGUCUUGCAUGGAUCCAUCAAACUGUGUCGGUCUUUACCACUGGGCCAGAGACCUUGGGGCUACUGAUCUCGCUGACUGUGCUUUGAGAUACCUCUGUCAACACUUUGGACAGGUUUGUGCCGAAGAAGAAGUGCUUGAGUUGGAUGCCCAAAGCCUUGGGGAUCUGCUGGGUUCAGAUGAUCUCAACAUAUCACAAGAGGAGGUUGUGCUGGAGCUGGUGUUGCGCUGGGUAGAGAAGCACAGGGGUGACUCUCAGAGUGAAUCCCAGGCUGUGGAGCUACUCAGACGUGUAAGGCUAGAGCUCGUGGACCCUGGAUUUCUCCGGAAAGCAAGAAGGAGGAACCCGGUGCUGCUACGGGAUGCUGAGUGCUUUGGGAUGAUUGAUGCUGCUCUCCAGAUCUCAGGUCUCUGUGAGACAUCAGCACCGCCUCGCCCACCUCUUCGAUAUGGCAUGGAGACUACCGACUUGCUGCUGUGUUUGGGUGGAGUGAAUUUGGAGGGUGUGCCUUCUCGACGUGGGGGACUUGCUGACCUCAGUUUUUGCUAUGCACCCCGUGGUAGAAAGAUUUACUACAUUCCCUCUCCACUGAGUGGAUGUGGAGGUACGGGGCAGAUCACAGCAGGAGCAGUGACCCGCGACAACAACCUAGUGGUGGCUGUAGAGGCAGAGGAUCGACAUAGGAUAAAGAGGGUAGAUUUCUAUAGGUACAGUAACUCAGAGGAAAAUAGCUGGGCAGAGUUGUGCUCAGCACCCUACAGGGACAUGUAUGCAUUUGGGCUUUUAGGGGAUGCCCUUUACUUGAUAGGUGGUCAAAUGAAGUUGCGAAAUCACUAUGUGAUCACUAACAGCGUGGAGAGAUGGUCACUGAAGAGAGGAGGCAGCUGGCUCAGCUUUGCCCCUUUACCACUUCCUUUAGCCUGCCACUGUGCUGUGAGCCUGAAGGAGUUCCUCUAUGUUCUGGGGGGCUGGACCCCACAGGAUCAGCCAGAUGAUGAGCCUGACAAGCUGAGUAACCGAGUGUUUCAGUUUGAUCCUGGCAAAGACAGGUGGACAGAACGUGCCAGGAUGAAGUACUCAAGAUACCGCUGUGGUACAGCUAUCCUCGAUGGAGAAAUCUACAUACUAGGUGGUAUAGGAUGUGACGGAGAGGACCGUGGACAAUCACGCCGCUGUCUGAGCUCUGUUGAGAUCUACAAUCCAGAUACAGACACCUGGAGGACAGGACCAACGCUCCCCACAGCUCUACUCUCUCUUCGAACUAACGCCUCCAACGCAGGAGUGGUAGAAGGAAAGCUUUACCUCUGUGGAUACUACAAGGGGGCCGGCCGUCAUGAGAUCAUCACCAAAGAGAUUUUGGAAUUGGACCCUGUAGACAAAGUGUGGACAGUUGUGGAAAGACGGGCAGCCAUGCACGAUGGCUAUGAUGUCUGUCUGGUUGCUAACCUCAACCCUCGAGACCUUUCCGCGCCCUAAUGGACCUCCUCAUUACUUUGAAUGGCAGUUCUUGGACUUGAUUUGUGUAAGAAGUGAAAUGAACUCUUUAAAUAUAACAAAACUUUAUCUAAACUUUAUCACCUCACUGCUGGAUGCCAGCUGUCUCAGAAACAAGGUCACAGGAGUGAAAUCUGUUUUGGUGCAGUUUAUAGUUUUACACAGAAAACAGUUUUACACCAAAGUAAACUAACUAAACUAAAUUAUCAUUUCUUGCCAAAAUGACAGUUUCUACAAAAACUGACCUCUAAAUUUGAUCAUUACAUAAGUAUUUCGCCUGUGUAUUUUCACUUAUUACACAAACAGGUAAAGGUUUUAUUAUGUCUAAACAGGUUCAUCUACUUGAACCACCUGAUAUUGAUGUUUGCACAGUCAUGUAAAAAAAAUUAAAGUACACCUUCUUCCAAGUCUAAGGUUUUAUGUAUUUUGACAUAAGAAAAAACAUCAAAUAUACACUUGUGUGUUUCACAAUAAUGCUACCAAGUAUUCACCGCUCCUAUAAAUAAACCAUAACAAAUUUUAAACUUCAUGGAGUGAAAGAAUGCAGCUAAUUUCUCCAGAUGUCUUUUAGAUCGAGAUUUUGUGAUACUUUGAUGUUAUGCUAAUGUGAAUAUACUGGGAGUAUCUGAAUUUAUUUUAAUAAAAAAAACAAGAGCAUGCGCGGGAGUGGUGUGUGGAACCAUGGGAAACUCCUCA